AUGCAAGACAAACUCAGUAAGCACAAAGAAAGAAACCGAAAGGCGUCGAAGAUCGACUGGAACAACAAAAGCGCGCUGGAAGUGAUCAUGUUUACCCUCAAUCCACAAAAUUGUGCUAGAUUCACAGUGACACUUGGAAAUGUCAGUGCCAAUGCCGAUGAUGCUUACAAACAUCUAUAUGCUGGAGGCAACGGCUUUGGCUGUGAUUACCAUGCACCUUAUAGGCAGGCUGUUGGGAUGAUCUGGGGGCUAUGUCAGCAGAAGGGUGACCUCGAGGAAAGAAAUCUUUGA